AGCAUAAGCCAAGUACCAAGUGGCAGAGGAGACAUAGCACUUGUCUCAAGCAAUUGCCAUUAUUGAGCUUAUAAAUAGGCUUUCAAUUUCUACGGAUGAAACACCAAGAAAAGCUAAUAAUUAGGAAGUUGGACGCCUCCGUGGAUAAAAUAGUACAUGACUUUGAGGCUGGGUGGGAGCCUGAAAUGGAGGGAUAUUCGAGGAAGUUAGUGGAGUUUUGCUGCUCCAAGAUCCUCAUUGAUAUGUGUAGUGAAUUAGAAGAGACGAUCAGCGAUGGUUCUUUUAUCCGUUUCACAUUUGAUAUGAUGCUGGCAUGGGAAAUGCCUACUUCAGAAGAAGAAGAGAUACAUAAAGAGUCGUUGGCGAAAGAAAAAGAAGACAAAAAAGUGGUCUCUGUGAUGCCUCAGGAACAAGAUGACAUCCCUUUGUUCUACUCAGAUAUCUUGCCGUUCCUUGUUAGCCAUAAACCAAGUGCUGGAGAGGAUGCUUUCUUGUGGCUGUCGACAAUUGUACAUUUAGUAGCUGAUGUUGUUAAUGGAAGAUUCACUUUCGAGACUCUGACAGCGCCUACAGAAAAUCGAUUGCAUUUUCCGGCUUAUAACUUAUUUUUGAAGGAGAUCAUAAAGUGCAUAAAGCAUUUGCAAAAGCAAGCAACUCCAACUGGUGUGGACAUGGCAGAUGACGAGGUUAUACUACAUGUGGAAGGAACUGCAAGUUCACAAAGAGUAGUGCGCCAUAUUGGAGGGACAAGUUGGCCUGGUAGGCUGACACUAACAAACUAUGCACUUUACUUUGAGGAAUCCGGAGUCAUCUCUUAUAAAGAUGCUAUUAAGCUCAGUCUUUCAGAAGACUUCGAGCAGAGUGUCAAACCUGCUGCUACAGGUCCAUGGGGUGCUCAGCUCUUUGACAAGGCCAUAGUUUAUGAAUCUUCUGAAUUGGAAGAAUCGGUUGUCCUGGAGUUCCCAGAAAUGACAAGCUCAACAAGGCGAGACCACUGGCUUGCUCUAAUAAAGGAGGUUAUAUUGUUGCAUCGGUUUUUACGUAAGUUUAAGGUUGAUUCACCUUCAGGAUCACAGGAGAUGCACGCGAGAACAAUACUAGGAAUUAUAAGACUUCAUGCAGCUAGAGAAAUGCUUAGGAUCUCGCCACCAAUUCCCAAGAAUUUCUUGAUCUUUGAUUUACUUGAUGAGUUGCCGAAGGGAGAUUAUGUGCUUGAAGAGCUUGCAGAGAGUCUGAAGAAAGUUGACAUUGGACACAGAUGUAGUGCUAGCUCAAUCUUGAGAAGCCUGAAUAUCUCCCUCUUACCGGUUCCAAGUGAAGCGGCAAAAGAAAUCGACGACAACAGCCGCCUUCCAGUCCAAAAUGAAAGCGUCUCAUCGUUGGAGAGUGCUAUUGAUCAAGCAAGAGAGGAAGCAAAGGAAAUUGAAAAGGCCAAAGCUACUGUUGAGGAGCUGAAAGGGGAAGGAAUGGGGAACAGUGUCCAGGUUCUUAUGGGUCUUCUCAAACCGUUCGGGAGGUUAGUGCCUUAUCUUCAAGAGGUAUUUUCAUGGGAAAGACCAUUAUGCAGUGGUAUUUUUAUGCUGACAGCGCUUCUAGUUAUUUACACAGAGUGUGUUGGCAAAGCAAUAUCAGCUCUCUUAUUGGGGACAGUUGCUACAAUGAUAUGGGCAAGGCAAAGAGGGAUAAUAGACAAGGCAAAUAAAAUAGUUAUCUACACUGGAUCUGAUCAGACGACGAUAGAAAGUAUAGUGUCAGCACAACACGGACUAAGAAAUGUCUAUGACUUGGUUCAGAGCAUGAACAUAAUACUACUGAAAAUCUGGUCCAUAUUGGUUUCAAAGGCUCCAAAGAUGACCUGGAUCCUUUACUA